AUGCAAGGGUCCGAAAACCCGACGAAAAACAAUGAACUAAACGCCCGAACAGCAUCUCUAAAAGAAAAAAUAAUAAAUGGGUCGAAACUAGUGACAGUAGAGCCCCUGAUAGCCUUCUACCAGAUGGCCCUAACCCUAACGAAACCAGCUCUGGACAACCUAGAAUUCGAAAAGUCCUGCAGAGGGAACCUCAACUUCACCGACACAAUAUGCGAUGCCAUCCUCAAAGGCCAUCACAACAACUACACCAAGGAAAACAACGAAAUUCAAGUGCUAAUCAGCAACAUGCACUCCUGGCAGCAACCUCUACAAAGCUUCGCCCCGCUCCUGCUGAUCCUAUUCCUAGGCUCGUACAGCGACAGACAGAAAUGCAGGAAACCGUUUUUCAUCAUUCCCAUCGUCGGAGAACUCUUAGGGACAGUUGGCUGCAUGCUUUGCGCGUUGAACAUGAAGGCUUGGCCCCUGGAGCUGCAAGGCUUCUUCCAAAAAGUCGUUCCUUCUCUUUUCGGCGGUCAAGCCAUGAUGGUGAUGGCAACAACUGCUUACAUUGCAGAUAUCAGCUCCACUAAAACCAGGACCUUUCGUUUAGGUAUCGUGCAGAUCGUCAUAAGUGCCACAGUGCCCCUGGUCAACUCCUUUUGCGGGAUUCUCUUCCUGGAAAUAGGUUAUGUGGGUGUUUUGAGUGUGUCGACUGCCAUGCUGGUGUCGGCCUUAGUGUACGGGACGUUUUGGAUCGAGGAGAAGGUUUCGAUAAAGGCAGUGAGAGUAUGUGAGCUAAGUAAUGUUUUUGACCACCGUCAUGCCUUCGAUACUUUCAGGAUUAUGUUCAAGGGGGCCGCAGGAGUUUGUCAGACGAGACUGGCAGUGCUCGUUUUGGUGAUUUUCACACAUCGGUGCGCUUUUGAGGGGGAAUCCAAUGUUUUGUAUCUCUAUGUCCAAAACGUAUUUCAGUGGACGCCAGUUGACUUCAGCUUUUUUUUAACAGUUAAUGGGAUAGUUCUACUGAUAGGAAACAUUUUGGGUCUACCACUUUUCACCCGUAUUUUCAGAAUGAGUGACCCUAUGAUACUGUUAGUUUGUGUGGUGACGAAAAUAUUGACAAAUGUGAUAUUUGGAUUAGCAAAGAAUCCAAUACUAUUCUAUGUAGGUAGUAUAAUGAGCAUAAUAACUAGGAUGUAUAGGGUAGCAAAAAGGUCCCUAUCCACAAAAAUGGUGUCAACAGAUGACAUUGGAAAAUGCCAAUCCCUUUUUGGCAUCUUUGAAAUCAUAGCUCCAGCAGUCUCAGUACCUGCAUUUAAUCUCCUCUACAUACAUACAUUGGAAGAUUUUCCUGCAAUGAUAUUUCUCUUCAGUAUUUUGCUUUAUGCUAUAUGUUGUGUUCUCAUACUGUGGAUAUAUUUUAAAAAUAAAGGAACCUGUGAAAAAAAUUUAGAAGUUCCUGAAAUCAAUGAAACCAUCAUUGUUGAAACUACUCACAUGUGA